AGCAAACUCAUCCGCUGGGGACGUUUCCACGACGAGCGACUCGGACCAUGAGCAUGGCUACCAGACAGACUACACGACCCCAGCUUCAUCAGAAAUCAACUCAGGUCACGACGACAUGCAACCCGACGACGUGGAGGACUUCCGCGAUCGCGAGUAUCCACAAUUAAAGGGCAAGACUUACCUGGACCAUGGUGGCACGACGCUAUAUGCCAAAUCCCUGGUUGAGGAAUUCUCUGCUGACUUGAUUGCCAACCUCUACGGCAACCCACACUCGGCCUCGACACCGUCUGCUAUUGCCGGUCACCGUGUCGACACCGUCCGUGAGCGUGCUCUGCGAUUCUUCGGUGCCGAUCCAGAGGAAUACGACCUCGUCUUCGUCGCCAACGCCACUGCUGCCAUCAAACUUGUUAUCGAAUGUUUCAAGGACCAUGCCGCCGCUAGCAAUACCCCAGUUUGGUACGGGUACCACAAGGACGCACAUACGUCGCUCGUGGGUGUACGAGAGUCGACCAAGAUGCAUCGCUGUUUCACCAGCGACGAAGAGGUUGACAUCUGGAUCAACAGCGGUGGCCUGGGAGGCCCACGAGCAAGACAGCUGGGUCUGUUUGCGUACCCCGGCCAGUCCAACAUGACUGGACGAAGACUGCCCCUCAGCUGGCCUGGUCGCAUUCGCAAAUCCUUGCACAAGGCGGCGACCUACACCCUCCUGGAUGCUGCUGCUCUGGCAAGCACGGCUCCUCUGGAUUUAUCCGACGCGGCUACUGGUCCCGACUUUGUGGCCCUAUCUUUUUACAAGAUCUUCGGCUUUCCCAACAUCGGUGCCUUGCUUGUGCGCAAGGAGUCAGCCCACGUUCUGGAGAGCCGCAAGUUCUUCGGUGGCGGCACCGUCGAGAUGGUCAUCGCUGUCAACGACGUCUGGCACGCCAAGAAGGAAACUUCCAUUCACGACCGUCUCGAGGAUGGCACGCUCCCCUUUCAUUCCAUUUUCGCACUGGAUCACGCAAUGAACGUUCACGAACGCUUAUACGGGCCGAACCCGAUGAAGUUCAUCUCACAUCACACCGCGCAACUCGGCAAGAUGCUGUAUGAUGGUCUGUCCUCUCUCAAACACAGUAAUGGCACCCCGCUGUGUCGGAUAUACAAAGACGACGCUGCAAUUUACGGCGAUCCCACGAUGCAAGGCGCAACAGUCGCGUUCAACGUUCAACGGCCUGAUGGCACUCUGAUCGGAUUUGAAGUCGUCGAGGAGGCCGCGGACGAACGCAAUAUUUACGUACGAAGUGGUUCGUUGUGCAAUCCAGGAGGUGUUGCUACGUACCUGAACUGGUCUCCAGCAGAGAUGCGCGCUGCUUUUGCUUCUGGUCAUCGGUGCUCCAACCCAACCCAAGUCAUGCUUGGAAAGGCUACUGGAGUCGUUCGCGUCAGUCUCGGUGCCAUGAGCACGGCAGCAGAUGUCCGCACCAUGCUUGAAUUCUUGGACGAGGUCUAUGUCAACGUCUAC